AUGGCCACCCGGAUCGACAAAGAAGCUUGCCGGACGGCGUACAACCUAGUGCGCGACGACGGCUCGGCGGUCAUCUGGGUGACUUUUAAGUACGACGGCGCCACCAUCGUGCCCGGAGACCAGGGGGCGGAGUACGGCGACUUCAUCCAGCAAUGUACAGAUGACGUGCGGUUGUUCGCCUUCGUGCGCUUCACCACUGGGGACGCCAUGAGCAAGAGGUCUAAGUUUGCCCUCAUUACGUGGAUCGGCGAGAAUGUCAGUGGACUGCAGAGAGCCAAGACUGGCACGGACAAGACCCUGGUGAAGGAGGUGGUCCAGAACUUUGCUAAAGAGUUUGUGAUCAGCGAUCGGAAGGAGCUGGAGGAAGACUUCAUCAGGACCGAAUUGAAGAAGGCAGGAGGAGCCAAUUACGAUGCCCAGGCAGAGUAA